GGCUAAGCAGAGGAAGGAGGUGCAGGGAGGAAAGGAGAGGGUGCUCAGGCAGCGAGAACAGGGCACAGCUAACGCCGGGGUGGAGGAUCCCGUCCUCAUGGGUGCGGGAGCAACGUGGCGUGGGAGUGAUCAGUUCUUGGGGAGGGUGGGCAGAAGAGAGCGAGGCGAGCCCGGGGCCAGGGGCGCAAGGAAUGGUGGCUUUGGAGCUAGCGCUCUGCCGACCAGACAAUAGGACACAUGCUCGUUUCGCCUACUGAGAUGGCUUCCCACCUGCUUGGAGAUUCUUGACACUGCCUGCCCCUCUGACAUCGCUGACCUGAGAUGGCUCUAUAGAGCCAGAGGACUGGACAGGACCUGCCACCCGCUCGUUUGGUUCCGGCCCCAGGCUUAGUACAAUGGGGUGUUCCUAGCACCCGGGCAGGCCUCCUGGUUCCAGUGCGCCUUUUAGGUGGUUCUCCCAGCGUCUUCACUGACUUCCGUGAAAUAGUGUCCUGAGCCCUAGUGAAACUACCCUGCCUUCACUUAAGCCCGUUUUCUUGAGGAGUAAAGCUGUCGGCCGCUGUGGCCCUUCCUGUGCCGCAGGCGCAUGCGAAACAGGGCCCGAAAGAGCCCCGCCUCGCCGCCUCCAAUCCCACUGAUCUCCCUGCCUCGGCCCUGGUUCCGAGAACGACCGUUCCAUUCUUUCAGUCUUUUUUUUUUUUUUUUUUUGAGACGGAGUCUUGCUCUGUCACCCACGCUGGAGUGCAGUGGCGCGAUCUCGGCUCACUGCAAGCUCCGCCUCCCGGGUUCACGCCGUUCUCCUGCCUCAGCCUCUCCGAGUAGCUGGGACUACAGGCGCCCGCCACCACGCCCGGCUAAUUUUUUUUUGUAUUUUUAGUAGAGACGGGGUUUCACUGUGGUCUCGAUCUCCUGACCUUGUGAUCCGCCCGCCUGGGCCUCCCAAAGUGCUGGGAUUACAAGCGUGAGCCACCGCGCCCGGCCUCGUUCAGUCUUAGCAGUAGUUAUUUGAUUGGUUUUCUCUUGUAGUAUUAUACUUUAAAGUGUGGGCGACGCAGUCGGCUGUGGUGCUUUAAUAAAGAUCUGAUCGAUGCGGAGUUUGGUAGAUGUAUAUUACAGUUCUUGAACGUGUUGCUUGUUUUGGCACACUGCACAGUCAUUUUUCAUGUGGAUUUGUGACUUUGUCGUGGACCAGGGAAAUAAGCCCUGUGGUGUGGGAGUGGUAGGUUUAGUUGUUAUCUUCGACUCUGGUGCUGUCCCUUUUUCAGGAAUGUAAGAAGCACUUGGCAGGCUUGGGGGCUUUGGGGCUGGGCAGCCUGAUCACUGAACUCACGGCAAAUGAAGAAUUGACCGGGACUGACGGUGCCUUGGUAAAUGAUGAAGGGUGGGUUAGGAGUACAGAAGAUGCUGUGGACUAUUCAGACAUCAACGAGGUGGCAGAAGAUGAAAGCCGAAGAUACCAGCAGACGAUGGGGAGCUUGCAGCCCCUUUGCCACUCAGAUUAUGAUGAAGAUGACUAUGAUGCUGAUUGUGAAGACAUUGAUUGCAAGUUGAUGCCUCCUCCACCUCCACCCCCGGGACCAAUGAAGAAGGAUAAGGACCAGGAUGCUAUUACCGGUGUGUCUGAAAAUGGAGAAGGCAUCAUCUUGCCCUCCAUCAUUGCCCCUUCCUCUUUGGCCUCAGAGAAAGUGGACUUCAGUAGUUCCUCUGACUCAGAAUCUGAGAUGGGACCUCAGGAAGCAACACAGGCAGAAUCUGAGGAUGGAAAGCUGACCCUUCCAUUGGCUGGGAUUAUGCAGCAUGAUGCCACCAAGCUGUUGCCAAGUGUCACAGAACUUUUUCCAGAAUUUCGACCUGGAAAGGUGUUACGCUUUCUACGUCUUUUUGGACCAGGGAAGAAUGUCCCAUCUGUUUGGCGGAGUGCUCGGAGAAAGAGGAAGAAGAAGCACCGUGAGCUGAUACAGGAAGAGCAGAUCCAGGAGGUGGAAUGCUCAGUAGAAUCAGAAGUCAGCCAGAAGUCUUUGUGGAACUACGACUACGCUCCACCACCACCUCCAGAGCAGUGUCUCUCUGAUGAUGAAAUCACAAUGAUGGCUCCUGUGGAGUCCAAAUUUUCCCAGUCAACUGGAGAUAUAGAUAAAGUGACAGAUACCAAACCAAGAGUGGCUGAGUGGCGUUAUGGGCCUGCCCGACUGUGGUAUGAUAUGCUGGGUGUCCCUGAAGAUGGCAGUGGGUUUGACUAUGGCUUCAAACUGAGAAAGACAGAACAUGAACCUGUGAUAAAAUCUAGAAUGAUAGAGGAAUUUAGGAAACUUGAGGAAAACAAUGGCACUGAUCUUCUGGCUGAUGAAAACUUCCUGAUGGUGACACAGCUGCAUUGGGAGGAUGAUAUCAUCUGGGAUGGGGAGGAUGUCAAACACAAAGGGACAAAACCUCAGCGUGCAAGCCUGGCGGGCUGGCUUCCUUCUAGCAUGACUAGGAAUGCGAUGGCUUACAAUGUUCAGCAAGGUUUUGCAGCCACUCUUGAUGAUGACAAACCUUGGUACUCCAUUUUUCCCAUUGACAAUGAGGAUCUGGUGUAUGGACGCUGGGAGGACAAUAUCAUUUGGGAUGCUCAGGCCAUGCCCCGGCUGUUGGAACCUCCUGUUUUGACACUUGAUCCCAAUGAUGAGAACCUCAUUUUGGAAAUUCCUGAUGAGAAGGAAGAGGCCACCUCUAACUCCCCCUCCAAGGAGAGUAAGAAGGAAUCGUCUCUGAAGAAGAGUCGAAUUCUCUUAGGGAAAACAGGAGUCAUCAAGGAGGAACCACAGCAGAACAUGUCUCAGCCAGAAGUGAAAGAUCCAUGGAAUCUCUCCAAUGAUGAGUAUUAUUAUCCCAAGCAACAGGGUCUUCGAGGUACCUUUGGAGGGAAUAUUAUCCAGCAUUCAAUUCCUGCUGUGGAAUUACGGCAGCCCUUCUUUCCCACCCACAUGGGGCCCAUCAAACUCCGGCAGUUCCAUCGCCCACCUCUGAAAAAGUACUCAUUUGGUGCACUCUCUCAGCCAGGUCCCCACUCAGUCCAACCUUUGCUAAAGCACAUCAAAAAAAAGGCCAAGAUGAGAGAACAAGAGAGGCAAGCUUCAGGUGGUGGAGAGAUGUUUUUUAUGCGCACACCUCAGGACCUCACAGGCAAAGAUGGAGAUCUUAUUCUUGCAGAAUAUAGUGAGGAAAAUGGACCCUUAAUGAUGCAGGUUGGCAUGGCAACCAAGAUAAAGAACUAUUAUAAACGGAAACCUGGAAAAGAUCCUGGAGCACCAGAUUGUAAAUAUGGGGAAACUGUUUACUGCCAUACAUCUCCUUUCCUGGGCUCUCUCCAUCCUGGCCAAUUGCUGCAAGCAUUUGAGAACAACCUUUUUCGUGCUCCAAUUUAUCUUCAUAAGAUGCCAGAAACUGAUUUCUUGAUCAUUCGGACAAGACAGGGUUACUAUAUUCGGGAAUUAGUGGAUAUUUUUGUGGUUGGCCAGCAGUGUCCCUUGUUUGAAGUUCCUGGGCCUAACUCCAAAAGGGCCAAUACGCAUAUUCGAGACUUUCUACAGGUUUUUAUUUACCGUCUUUUCUGGAAAAGUAAAGAUCGGCCACGGAGGAUACGAAUGGAAGAUAUAAAAAAAGCCUUUCCUUCCCAUUCAGAAAGCAGCAUCCGGAAGAGGCUAAAGCUCUGCGCUGACUUCAAACGCACAGGGAUGGACUCAAACUGGUGGGUGCUUAAGUCUGAUUUUCGUUUACCAACGGAAGAAGAGAUCAGAGCUAUGGUGUCACCAGAGCAGUGCUGUGCUUAUUAUAGCAUGAUAGCUGCAGAGCAACGACUGAAGGAUGCUGGCUAUGGUGAGAAAUCCUUUUUUGCUCCAGAAGAAGAAAAUGAGGAAGAUUUCCAGAUGAAGAUUGAUGAUGAAGUUCGCACUGCUCCUUGGAACACCACAAGGGCAUUCAUUGCUGCCAUGAAGGGCAAGUGUCUGCUAGAGGUGACUGGGGUGGCAGAUCCCACAGGGUGUGGUGAAGGAUUCUCCUAUGUGAAGAUUCCAAACAAACCAACACAGCAGAAGGAUGAUAAAGAACCGCAGCCAGUGAAGAAGACAGUGACAGGAACAGAUGCAGACCUUCGUCGCCUUUCCCUGAAAAAUGCCAAGCAACUUCUACGUAAAUUUGGUGUGCCUGAGGAAGAGAUUAAAAAGUUGUCCCGCUGGGAAGUGAUUGAUGUGGUGCGCACAAUGUCAACAGAACAGGCUCGUUCUGGAGAGGGGCCCAUGAGUAAAUUUGCCCGUGGAUCAAGGUUUUCUGUGGCUGAGCAUCAAGAGCGUUACAAAGAGGAAUGUCAGCGCAUCUUUGACCUACAGAACAAGGUUCUGUCAUCAACUGAAGUCUUAUCAACUGACACAGACAGCAGCUCAGCUGAAGAUAGUGACUUUGAAGAAAUGGGAAAGAACAUUGAGAACAUGUUGCAGAACAAGAAAACCAGCUCUCAGCUGUCACGUGAACGGGAGGAACAGGAGCGGAAGGAACUACAGCGAAUGCUACUGGCAGCAGGCUCAGCAGCAUCAGGAAACAAUCACAGAGAUGAUGACACAGCUUCCGUGACUAGCCUUAACUCUUCUGCCACUGGACGCUGUCUCAAGAUUUAUCGCACGUUUCGAGAUGAAGAGGGGAAAGAGUAUGUUCGCUGUGAAACAGUCCGAAAACCAGCUGUCAUUGAUGCCUAUGUGCGCAUACGGACUACAAAAGAUGAGGAAUUCAUUCGAAAAUUUGCCCUUUUUGAUGAACAACAUCGGGAAGAGAUGCGAAAAGAACGGCGGAGGAUUCAAGAGCAACUGAGGCGGCUUAAGCGGAACCAGGAAAAGGAGAAGCUUAAGGGUCCUCCUGAGAAGAAGCCCAAGAAAAUGAAGGAGCGUCCUGACCUAAAACUGAAAUGUGGGGCAUGUGGUGCCAUUGGACACAUGAGGACUAACAAAUUCUGCCCCCUCUAUUAUCAAACAAAUGCACCACCUUCCAACCCUGUUGCCAUGACAGAAGAACAGGAGGAGGAGUUGGAAAAGACAGUCAUUCAUAAUGAUAAUGAAGAACUUAUCAAGGUUGAAGGGACCAAAAUUGUCUUGGGGAAACAGCUAAUUGAGAGUGCGGAUGAGGUUCGCAGAAAAUCUCUGGUUCUCAAGUUUCCUAAACAACAGCUUCCUCCAAAGAAGAAACGGCGAGUUGGAACCACUGUUCAUUGUGACUAUUUGAAUAGACCUCAUAAGUCCAUCCACCGGCGCCGCACAGAUCCUAUGGUGACGCUGUCAUCCAUCUUGGAGUCUAUCAUCAAUGACAUGAGAGAUCUUCCAAAUACAUACCCUUUCCACACUCCAGUCAAUGCAAAGGUUGUAAAGGACUACUACAAAAUCAUCACUCGGCCAAUGGACCUACAAACACUCCGUGAAAACGUGCGUAAACGCCUCUACCCAUCUCGGGAAGAGUUCAGAGAGCAUCUGGAGCUAAUUGUGAAAAAUAGUGCAACUUACAAUGGGCCAAAACACUCAUUGACUCAGAUCUCUCAAUCCAUGUUGGAUCUCUGUGAUGAAAAACUCAAAGAGAAAGAAGACAAAUUAGCUCGCUUAGAGAAAGCUAUCAACCCCUUGCUGGAUGAUGAUGACCAAGUGGCGUUUUCUUUCAUUCUGGACAACAUUGUCACCCAGAAAAUGAUGGCAGUUCCAGAUUCUUGGCCAUUUCAUCACCCAGUUAAUAAGAAAUUUGUUCCAGAUUAUUACAAAGUGAUUGUCAAUCCAAUGGAUUUAGAAACCAUACGUAAGAACAUCUCCAAGCACAAGUAUCAGAGUCGGGAGAGCUUUCUAGAUGAUGUAAACCUUAUUCUGGCCAACAGUGUUAAGUAUAAUGGACCUGAGAGUCAGUAUACUAAGACUGCCCAGGAGAUUGUGAACGUCUGUUACCAGACAUUGACUGAGUAUGAUGAACAUUUGACUCAACUUGAGAAGGAUAUUUGUACAGCUAAAGAAGCAGCUUUGGAGGAAGCAGAAUUAGAAAGCCUGGACCCAAUGACCCCAGGGCCCUACACGCCUCAGCCUCCUGAUUUGUAUGAUACCAACACAUCCCUCAGUAUGUCUCGAGAUGCCUCUGUAUUUCAAGAUGAGAGCAAUAUGUCUGUCUUGGAUAUUCCUACUGCCACUCCAGAAAAGCAGGUAACACAGAUGCGCCAGGGCCGAGGUAGGCUGGGCGAGGAAGACUCUGAUGUAGAUAUUGAAGGGUAUGAUGAUGAGGAGGAGGAUGGGAAACCUAAGACUCCAGCCCCAGAAGGUGAAGAUGGAGAUGGUGAUCUUGCAGAUGAAGAGGAAGGAACUGUACAACAGCCUCAAGCCAGUGUCCUGUAUGAGGAUUUGCUUAUGUCUGAAGGAGAAGAUGAUGAGGAAGAUGCUGGGAGUGAUGAAGAAGGAGACAAUCCUUUCUCUGCUAUCCAGCUGAGUGAAAGUGGAAGUGACUCUGAUGUGGGAUCUGGUGGAAUAAGACCCAAACAACCCCGCAUGCUUCAGGAGAACACAAGGAUGGACAUGGAAAAUGAAGAAAGCAUGAUGUCCUAUGAGGGAGACGGUGGGGAGGCUUCCCAUGGUUUGGAGGAUAGCAACAUCAGUUAUGGGAGCUAUGAGGAGCCUGAUCCCAAGUCGAACACCCAAGACACAAGCUUCAGCAGCAUCGGUGGGUAUGAGGUAUCAGAGGAGGAAGAAGAUGAGGAGGAGGAAGAGCAGCGCUCUGGGCCGAGCGUACUAAGCCAGGUCCACCUGUCAGAGGACGAGGAGGACAGUGAGGAUUUCCACUCCAUUGCUGGGGACAGUGACUUGGACUCUGAUGAAUGAGGCUUCCUUUGGGCCUCCUUGGUCAGCCUUCCCUGUUCUCCAGCCUAGGUGGUUCACACCUUUCCCCAAUUUGUUCAUAUUUGUACAGUAUCUGAUUCUGAAAUCAUGAAAUUAACUAACACCUUAGCCUUUUUAAAAGUAGUAAGUAAAUGAUAAUAAAUCACCUCUCCUAAUCUUCCUGGGGCAAUGUCACCCUUUGAUUUAAAAUAAAGCAACCCCCUUUCCCCUACCACUACCAAAAA